UUAAUUAAAAGAAAACUUGACAUAUAUUUGUUUAUUGAAGUACAUGUGUCUUAGGUAGUUAAACCUUAUGAAGACACAUGAUUGUUAUUGAGGCUAUAAAAUUUGCCAUUGUGCAUACAAAAUUCAAUACAGGAGGCAAUGGAGCACGAUUCCUUAAAUAUCGAUAAGAAUUAACCUUAUUUCUCUGUGAGAUUUGUGGAGGAUCUUUUUCAGUGUUUCAACUGACAAAUGGGUAUAGUUUGCGUCAUUAAAGACAGCCUCGUCAACAAUUUUACCAUUAUUACAGUCUCUCAGCACCUCAAGUGCUUUGAUUAUGAGAAUGGAUACAGCGGAAUGAUUGACUUCUUGCCGCCUUAUCAUUGGUUAGAAUCAAAUGGCGUCUGCGAACACUUUCGGAAAUCAUUUGCUUGUGGCAGCAUUUGACUUUGGCACGACUUUCAGUGGCUACGCUUUCUCUUUCCGGAAUGAUCCGACAAAGAUUCAAACCAACCAAGCUUGGAAUGCGGGUUCCGAUGCACUAUUAUCUCUGAAAACACCAACGUGUAUUUUGCUUAACCCACAAAAAGAGUUUGUUGCAUUUGGAUUUGAGGCUGAAAAUGAAUACCUAUCUCUCAUUGAACAAGGGGAGCAUAAGCCUUGGAUGCUGUUUAGAAGAUUCAAGAUGCUUCUUCACAACAAUGAUGGAUUGAACCGUAAUGCGACAGUGAAGGACAUUACAGGCAAGAAGAUGCCAGCGAUGAAAUUAUUUGAAAUGUCCAUUCGUUUCCUACGUGACCAUCUAGUUAAUGCACUUAAGAAGCAAGUGAAUGGAAUCAAGGAAUCCGACAUUUUGUACGUGAUCACCGUUCCUGCAAUUUGGAACGACGGUGCAAAACAGUUCAUGCGAGAAGCGGCUGUAAAGGCUGGUCUGGAUAGUGAUCGAAUCAAGCUUGCACUUGAGCCAGAGGCGGCUUCAGUCUGGUGUCAGCAGAUCAACACGAGCCUCGAGACAGAUCUGAGCAAGACUGGCAGUCAGUACAUGGUCGUAGACCUUGGAGGCGGAACAGCAGAUAUUUCUGUUCAUGAAAAGAACGUUGAUGGCACUUUAAAAGAAAUACACAAAGCAAGCGGUGGACCAUGGGGUGGUACCUGUGUUGACCACAAUUUCAUCAGCUGGUUGACCAAAGUAUUUGGAGAGACCACGAUGUCAAGGUUAAGAGAGAAAGAAAUGGAAGACUACUUUGGUUUGUUGCGUGAGUUUGAGACGAAAAAGCGCAUGAUUACCCCAGAAUCUAAAGGACGUGUGACAUUUCGCCUGCCAAUAGCAAUUAGAACCAUUCACGACACGGCUGAACACCAAUCUAUCGAUCAAAAGCUUGAGCGGAUGAAAAUUACUGAUGGUAUUGCUUUUCAAGGAGACAAAUUGAGAGUUUCAGCAGAUACAGUUCGGUCUUGGUUUUCGGAUUCCAUCGAUCAAACAACACAUCAUAUGAUUUCACUUCUGUCUGAUGCAAAAAUGAAGGGGGUUUCUACUAUUUUGUUGGUAGGAGGCUACGGUGAAUGCAAGCUUGUACAUGAUUCAGUUACCAAGAAGAUAAGAAACAAGAAUAUCAUCAUACCCCAAGAGGCUGGACUAGCGGUCUUAAAAGGAGCUGUCCGCUUUGGACACAUGCCAGGUCUCGUUACAUCUAGAAUAGUUAAAUUCACAUAUGGCUUCGCAGCCAAGGUCAAUUUUGAUAAGAACAUACACCCCAUUCAAAAAAAGAUAACAGGCAGUUAUGGAGAAGAAAAGGUUGCUGAUGCGUUUUGCAAAGUUGUCUGUGUAAACACAGAGGUGCAUAUUGGAAUACCGAUCAAAGUCCCUAUGAAAUUUUACCUUAGCGCACGCGCUGGGAGUGUUUUGAGAAUUUAUACAUCACCAAUGCCCAAACCCGUAUUCGUUACUGAUGCCAAAUGCAAAAAGUUAGGAGAAGUUGCAUUAGGAAAUGCUAAAGGUAAUUCAAAAGAAGAAAAUGAAAUUGAAAUCAAUUUCCUAUUCGGCGAGACGGAAUUGGAAGUAAGGGUGAAAAUGCUGAACGAUGGCUCCGAAAUAAAGAAAGUUAUUGAUUGUUUAGCUGCCUAGGACGCAAAACAACCGAGAGACAAAGUAAAAGCCAACAUGGUUAUGAUCGGGACGUGUGUCGAAUUCAGAACGAUCUUUAAAUUUCUGUGCAGUUUAAAGGAUAAUUCUAUUAAGGGACAAUUACAGUCGGAUUUACAAACUGUGCCAUCUUAAAGAUGCACUCUUACUCCCAAAAACGAUUUACCGCAAUUAAUAAUAUUGUUUUAAAAUACCAAAAAUGAUGAAUAAAUGUCGAAGUGGUU